AAUCUAACUCAAAUUAACACACGCCAAUUUCACUCACCGGGAUUAAAAGAGCCAUCAAUCGCUAUAUCUCUUUCUUAGAAAAAAAAAUUACGGAAAUUCUUUCUUUUUUUAUCCACGCUUAAACAAUUUUUUUCUUUUGGGCCUUAACAAAAAAAAACUAUUUUGGGCUUGUUUGAUGGAUACUCUGAUCCAUUAAACCCAAAUUCUCCAUUUUGAACUUUGUUUCUUCAACCGACAUGCCCGUUCGAACAACACAAGGAAAUUGGAACCAUAUAAAAAAGAGGAAAUUUCCCACAAGUAAAUUUGAACGGAUACCCUAAUCUUCGCUGGGAUUUCAAUUGUCAUCUCCACUGGCUUCAAUACCUUUGCAGGUUGAUAAGUGGACAUUAAAAUAGAUAGAAAAUGAACAACUCUUCUGCAGGACCUUCAUCUAAAGCUAGAGCAGGAGCAUCACAACCUUCAGAAAGUUCACUUAAAAGGAAACGUGGCAUGUUUCAGAAAGACUUGCAACACAUGAUGUAUGGUUUUGGAGAUGAUAGCAAUCCACUUCCUGAAACUGUCGCACUUGUGGAAGACAUUGUGGUGGAUUAUGUCACUGAUAUGGUGCACAAAGCUCAGGAUGUUGCAACCAAAAGGGGGAAGCUUUUGACAGAGGAUUUUCUGUUCUUAAUUAGAAAGGACCUGCCGAAACUUAACCGGUGUACAGAACUGUUGUCCAUGAAUGAGGAGUUGAAACAAGCUCGGAAGGCUUUCGAGGUUGAUGAAGAGAAAUUGGCUCGUGAGGGGGAUGUGUGAAGUUAUGAUCUUACUUCAGAAUGCCGAAAUUGAGCGGCAGAAUAGGACCGGUCUACAAUUUACCAACACAGGAGUAAAUAGCUGCUUCUCAUUUUUCUCUAGCACAAUGGAAGCUGCGCGUUAGAGCUAUGUAACCUUAGUUCAUUUUACCUAUCUCUGUAAACAUCUUUUCCUCUUUGUUCCAUGUUCUUAGUCACUUUGCAUCUUUAGAUCCUCAAUGAUGAAAUCAGUUUCUUUUCGUUGAUGCAUUGAAUUCCACCGGUAUGUAAUAGUUCUAAAGAUGGGUGUGGGAGGUAGUUAUAACAUUAUCAAUCUACUUGUUUGUAGAUUUGCACAAACUGAAGGAUUGAAUUUGUUAGGUAACUUGAGCAGUCACCCUAUUAGAUGGAAUUUAUUAUGCAAAA